UACUUACGCGCCGGAAGUGGACUUGCAGAAUGAGCCCGAGAAGUAGCGGAAGCUAGUGGGCCUGAGACUCCGCUACGCUUUAGAGUCGGGGUCUUGGCAGCUUUGGUUGGCGGCCGUUGCCAUGACGGCCCAGGGGAGCCUGGUGGCCAACCGAGGCCGGCGCUUCAAGUGGGCGAUUGAGCUGAGCGGACCUGGAGGAGGCAGCAGGGGCCGAAGUGACCGGGGCGGUGGCCAGGGAGACUCGCUGUACCCGGUUGGUUACUUGGACAAGCAAGUGCCUGAUACCAGCGUGCAAGAGACAGACCGGAUCCUAGUGGAGAAGCGCUGCUGGGACAUUGCCUUGGGUCCCCUGAAACAAAUUCCCAUGAACCUCUUCAUAAUGUACAUGGCGGGCAAUACUAUCUCCAUCUUCCCUACUAUGAUGGUGUGUAUGAUGGCUUGGAGACCCAUUCAGGCACUCAUGGCCAUUUCAGCCACUUUCAAGAUGCUAGAAAGUUCAAGCCAGAAGUUUCUUCAGGGUUUGGUGUAUCUCAUUGGGAACCUUAUGGGUUUGGCACUGGCUGUUUAUAAGUGCCAGUCAAUGGGACUGUUGCCUACACAUGCAUCAGAUUGGUUAGCCUUCAUUGAGCCCCCUGAGAGGAUGGAGUUCAGUGGUGGAGGACUGCUUUUGUGAAUGUGAGAAAGGAGCAGGUGGUGCCUAUGUAUUUGGAUCUCACUGACUACCUUAUUGACGCCUAGAGGCUUCUCCUCAGCAUACUAACCCUUAACGUUAUCACUCACUGAAAAAGAACCAAAAGCUCUCUUUUCCCCAUGGUGAGGCGACAAAUCCUAGAAAGACAAUGUACAAUCACUACAAACACCAAGAAAUUAUACCACAACCCUUGACUGAAAAUAAUGUAGAAAACUUUAUUUAUGUUUCCAGUAUAGAGCAAAACAAGAAAUAAAACCGUAACUAUGUAAACAAAAGAAUGGUUGUUGCUAAAUCAAGAACCACAGCAGCAUCUCCUUUUAAUAAAUUAAAUGGUUGAGAACAAUGCUUUAAAAAAAAGUUUCACAAGUUUCCCUUAAAUCUAUUCUCCUUAAUAUUUCACUUCUAUUUAACACAAACUGGGACAUAAAAAUUCUGUUGGAGAUACUUGUGGAAGGUUGGAGAAACUAAUGCUGGAUUCAGAUUAUACAUGAUGAAAAAUAAACCAGACCAAAAAAGCACAUAAAA